AAAUAGGCCAGCGCAAUUUGAUCCGUCUGAAACCUGAAGAUCAACAGCUGACCGGGAGGAAUGCUGAAAAUGAAGAUGGGAGACCAGUUUGUCAAUGGUAGAGAAGCAAGAACCCCGCGGUGGUCGACAUCAGCCAGACGCGUCUCUUGCAUUACGUUUCAUCAACGUUCACGAGAUGGCAGGUGAAGCUGCGACCUUGAGCUACGAGGACCAGAGGCUGCAGAAUAUCAGGGACAAUGAAGCUCUACUCUUAUCUCUUGGUCUCAGCAGCCCGGGCGCAAGAAUCGCACCUGAAAAUCCAAAACCACCGCUCAAGAAAGCUCCAUUCACCACACUCCGCAAAUCACUAUCUGUGAAGCGGAAACUGGAAGCGGAGGAUCAAGAUGAUUCCUCUCGCACCUCGGCCAAGCGAACGACUACUGGGAUGGGUGAUUCACCUGCCGAGAGCCCUGCCUCGGGUGAUGGUAAUCUGAGGCGUAGCGGGAGGACACCGGGACGCAAAGUUGACUAUACUGGGGAUGGAAGCUCCAUCGGCAGUCCCUCGUCAGUGCGAUCCAGUACUAUCGCUGGGAGUAGAACAGGGAGCAGUACCCUUGUCGACGAUGAUGAGUUUAUCCAUGACAAGGAGGAAGAUGAGGAUGCCAAGGACAUGGCUCGACAGCGGAAUGCCCAACGAAUGGGAGUCAGGACACAGGACCCGAAACAGUUCGGUCAUAUACCGGGGGUCGAAGUAGGAAGGUGGUGGGCUUCCCGGAUGGACUGUUCGACAGAUGCCAUUCAUGCGCCGACUGUGGCUGGAAUAUCGGGCAACGAGGAGGAUGGCGCUUGGUCAGUCGCAUUAUCAGGAGGAUAUCCGGACGACGUCGAUCUCGGUGAAGCAUUCACAUACACUGGCUCCGGAGGUAGGGAUCUCAAGGGGACGAAAAACAACCCAAAGAAUCUCCGUACGGCGCCCCAGACAUCGGAUCAAUCCUUCAGCAAUCCCAAAAAUGCUGCGUUGAAGCGCUCCGCAGAAACACGUCAACCUGUGCGAGUGAUUCGAGGCUUCAAGCUCGAUUCGCCAUACGCUCCUCUUGGGGGGUACAGAUACGAUGGACUUUAUACUGUUGAAAAAGCCUGGAUGGCAGCUGGUCUCACUCGAGGCGUAGUGGGCGGGAAAUCAAGAGCGCUGAUGGUUUGUAGAUAUGCUUUCAAGCGCGUUCCGGGGCAGCCGCCAUUGACACUCAGGCGAGAUGAGGAUCCCACUGAACUCGAGGAGGGAAGCCAUGAGUGAACGAUUGGUCAUGCAUUUUGGGCAUUCUUGUAUACCACUACGUGCGGGGUCCCCGGUUUCAC